CAUCCACUUUUAUUCAUUUCUGUGUAUGGGGAAAAGAGGCAGAGCAUGGAUUCUUUUGGUCCCUUUAUCCUACUAAUACUUAUGUUUUUCCAGUGGACAGCUGCUCCCACUGCCGGGGAAGUCACCUGGACCUAUUCUGGGUUGGUCGGUCAGUCCGAGUGGUCGGAGUAUUUCCCCGAAUGCGGCGGCACCUCCCAGUCCCCGGUCGACGUGACGACCACCAAAACCCGAUACAACCCCGAUCUGAAGGCCGUGACCCCGCUGGGCUACAGUCAGCACGGCAACCGGCCCUUUUCCCUGCACAACAACGGACACACAGUGGUGAUUGAGCUGCCGGAGUGGAUGGGGCUGAGAGGGCUGCCGUGGCUCUUCACAGCAGUGCAGCUGCACCUUCACUGGGGCAGCGGCGGCCCGAGCCACGGGGGCAGCGAACACACCAUCAACGGGCAGAGUGCAGACGCAGAGCUUCAUGUGGUGCACUACAACUCAGAGCUUUACCCCAACAUGUCUGCAGCCAUGACCCAGAGGGACGGCCUGGCCGUUUUAGGGAUUCUCAUUGUGACAGGUGAGGAGACAAACCCGGGAUUUGACAAUAUCUUAAACUACCUGAGCCGUAUCAGACAUGCAGAUCAGAAGGCGUUCAUUCCUGCCUUCGAUGUCCAGUCUCUGCUCCCCAAGGAUCUGGGACGCUACUAUCGGUAUAACGGCUCCCUGACGACACCCCCCUGCUACCAGAGCGUCAUCUGGACGCUGUUCCGCGAAAGAGUCCAAAUCUCUAAGGCUCAGCUGCUGAAGAUGGAGACGAUCCUUUAUUCCAGUAAAAGUGACGAACCCGACAGGAUGCUGCUGCAGGACAACUACCGCACGACGCAGCCGCUCAACCACCGAGUGGUCUUCACCUCCUUCUCUGCAGAAUCGGGGAAGGAGCUCUCCUCUGGUGAAGUCACGGCCAUCGUGGUCGGGGUGAUGUGCGGCUGCGUCGGCCUGGCAGUCAUCAUUCGCUUCAUCGUGAAGACGAUACGAUUUUUUAAACUCCUUCACCUCGAAACAGUCGUGGUAAACAGUUCUACUUCUAGCUGGGACGUCCUGCACAAUAACCGGCCCGCUCCCAUGCCAAGACUAAAGGAGCCGGAGAAGGAGAAGGAGAAAAAACAGGACGUGGCCCUGAACUCCACCUCAGCAGCUGAGAAGAAGGAGGAGCCUUCGCCGUCCCCUCAGAGCGAGCCGUAGCCCACAGCUCCGUCCACCUCAGUCCAGACACUCAGACCUCGUCA